UAUUGUGAAAAAUAUUUCAUACUUAUCAAUAACAAAAUAACUGAUAAUUUUCAUAUUAUAUGGAUCGAAUAGCAGUACUAGAAUAAUUUCCCCUUUUUUAACACAUAUUAGGUCAAAAAGAUCUUGCUGUUGGUAUCAAUCAGAGGAAGUUACAGGAUGAAUCGUCUGUGAAAAAAUUAAAAUGGUUAACAGAACUCAAUCAUAAAUUUUCCCAUGAAUGCUUAAAUUAAACUAUGUAGGCAUAUCAAAUAGAUUCAUAAUAAUUAGAUUUUGAAAUGGCACAACCUGAGGAAAAUAUUGAAACACAAGACGAAGCUAACAAUCUUCUACAAAAUGGUAUUUUAGUGGAAACAGACUCUGGAUUAUUAUGUGUUCCAUUGAAUGAAGCUUUACUGACAGAUUUGAAUUUAUCAGUUGAAGAACUACAUGAUGUUGCUUCUCAGUUAAUUUUACAAGAAGAUAAUAAGUUAACUGGAACUAACUAUCGAGAAAGAAUACACUUAAGGACUUUCAAUUUUAAUUUCGACAGUGAUGGCUUUUCAAGUGAAUGUAGUGAUAUCAGCAGUUGUUCCACUCCUAAUACACAGCCAAUUUUUACCCUCACUUCAGUAGCAAAUGAUACAAAAUUAGCUUUGAAGCAGAAUAUUCAUAGAACUGAAGAGGACACUGAUAAUAAUUAUAAAUCAGUAACCGUGAUUCCCAGUAUUCUAUCUCAUAAAUCAGUUACCAAGGAUACCAAAAUUUCAAAACUUGAAGCAAAUAUAGUUCCAGCACACUCUUCAUCUGAUAUAAGUGCAAACUCUAAUGUAUCUGAUUCUGACACAAGUGUAGCUAAUUUCCCUAGUCCAUCAUUGAUUGUCCCUUUCAAUAAGAACAAAAAUAUUUCUCUUACCAAUAAUGAAAUUAAAGCUGGAUCCCCUCCUAAGAGGAGGGGAGGUUGGCCAAAAGGGAGGAAGAGGAAACCAGAGCUUUUGAAUCUACCUCCUAAAGCACCAGCAACUGGAUAUAAUUUAUAUCUUAAUGAACAAAGGAAAUUAUACAAAGAUAGUACACUGGCCUUUCACGAAAUAACCAAAAUAAUUGGUAACAAAUGGUCAAGUUUAACUCUUGAAGAAAAAAAACCAUAUCUUGCAAAAGCUGAAGAAGAUAAGAAAAGAUAUCGUGAAGAGCUUCAUAAAUAUAGGCAGUCAGAUGCUUACAGAGCUUAUUUGAAUAAAAAAAGGAAGAAUAGAUUACAAAAUAACAUACUUUCAGAAAGUGAUAUGGAUGCAACUGAUGAAGUAGAUGAGGAAGAUAAUGAGGAACUAUAUUGCCGUACCUGUGAUCAAUGGUUUCAUAACCUGCAUAAUAAAAGAGAACAUUUGCAAGGAAGACAGCAUACUCAAUCAGUUGCUGGGGAUAUGAAAAAGGAACUGGGUACUGCAAUUAGUUGUACUUCUCAAAGUGGUGAACAGAGUACUGGACAGAGUAAAAAGAUUGAGCAGGAAAGUGGUUCUGUCAAUGAUUCUAUAAGUCAGCUUCUAACUAUAGUGUCAAAAAGGGAAAUAGAGAUCAAAUCUCUUAAGUGCCGUCUUGAAGAGUCAAGGCUAUCACAAGAAGCAAUAUGGCAACAGUUGUGUUCCCUCACAGAGCGUGAAUCAAAACUCAGAAAAGAUCUCCAGGUUUUGGAGAAUAAGGAAAAAGAUAUUAAAAAUCAAAUUGUGGAAUUGUGGAAAGUGCCAAGUUUAUUUCUUGUCAAUGACGUAACUGCAGCUGUGACUGAAGAAUACAGUGAAGAGAAUUGAAUAUUUUUUUAUUGUUUAAUUUUUUCAACAAAAUUGAUACAGUAUUUAUGAAUUGUUGGUUUUGUGUAAUAAAAUAUUUAUAUUGA